AUGUUUUGUCUUUUAAUGUAUGAUCUGACUUUGAAAUACUCAGCAGUUUGUGUCUUCUCUUGCAGUGUGCCCACCGUCCCAGUGAAGAACCUCAAUGGAUCCAGCCCGGUCCACCCUGCACUGGCCGGGAUCACAGGUAUCCUGAUGAGUGCUGCCGCUCUGCCUGUGUGUCUGACCAGACCCCCAAAACUGGUGCUGCACCCCCCACCUGUCAGCAAGAGCGACAUCAAACCCGUGCCAGGCUUCGGCCACUGCUGCAGAAAGACCACCAAGAAGCAAGCUCGCAAGGGUAAAACUCCAGAGGAGGUGGUAAAGAAGUACCUGCAGAAAGUAAAAAGUCCACCAGAGGAGGACUGUACCAUCUGUAUGGAGCCGCUGGGGGGUCCGUCUGGUUAUAAGGGCCCAGGGGUGACCCCUGUGUCUCGGGCGGAGUCAGUCGGGCGGUUAGCACAGUGUGGACACCAGUACCAUUUCCAGUGUUUGGUGGCCAUGUAUAAUAACGGCAACAAGGACGGCAGCCUUCAGUGUCCCACCUGUAAAACCAUCUACGGCGUGAAGACAGGCAACCAACCAGCGGGAAAGAUGGAGUACCACGUCAUCCCUCACUCCCUGCCGGGGCAUCCUGACUGCAAAAGCAUCCGCAUCAUCUACAACAUACCGCCAGGCCUUCAGGGACCAGAGCAUCCGAACCCAACGAAGCCCUUCACUGCCAGAGGCUUCCCCCGACACUGCUACCUCCCCGACAGCGAGAAAGGACGCAAGGUACUGAAGCUGCUCCUGGUAGCGUGGGACCGCAGGUUGAUCUUCUCCAUUGGAACUUCAAGCACCACCGGAGAGUCUGACACCGUCAUCUGGAACGAGGUCCACCAUAAGACAGAGUUUGGCUCCAACCUGACGGGCCACGGCUUCCCGGACCCCGGACACCUGAACAACGUCCUGGAAGAGCUGCGAGCUCAGGGCAUCACAGAGGACGAUGGACUGAUGGAGAAGUGAGAGGACCAUGAAACAUGUGAGAGCAGCGAAGAGAGGACGGAGAGAUACAAACCAUGAAAAUAAAAGAAGCAGGAGGAGGACUGAGACACUCUCCCUGCCAGCACUUAACAGGCUGCAGGGGACGUUUGAGGUUAUAGAAGACAUAGCUUUUUUUUGUGGAGGGAACCACUUUUCAAGACGGUGAUUGAGUCUGGGUUCGCUUAUCGGUACAAGUCUGUCUACACUUAGGACACAAACAAGUUACAUUUACUGAGGGAAAGCAAAACCAGGAAAAGAAAGUAAAAAGAGAGCGCAGUUUUGAUGAAAACUGUUGGGAGAGAACGGACAAAGGAAGAAGUUAGAGCAGCGGGGGAGGGGACAGGAGGAGGGAAAGAUGAAGCAGAAAGACACGAAGAUGAUGUAAGAAUGUAGCGUAGGGUAGGAGUAGUGUAAAAUCAACUUGUAUGGUACUUAGCUAGGCUAUCAUUAAGAGGUAACAGAGCGGUGGACGAGGAGGAAAGACAGAUGGUGCUCGCUUUUGUUCACACCACCUGCCUGUCAGUGGCUCAGUGCUGCUGCUCCCCCCUGUGGCGGUGCUGAGAAACUACAACUGCAAGAUAAAACUGUUACUAUGAGUUAUCCACCUGUUACGUUUGAUCAUUGUUACCUAUAAUCCUCAUUUAACGUCAUUCCAUACUUUACCUCCUACGUUGACUUGAUGGGUUUUUAUAUGUGUUUAUGAUUGCGUGUGAAAUGACAAAAGACCAAACGCAGGCCCGGUCUGUUUGGAGUCUUACUCAUCGAGCCCUUGUGGUAAAAGUUAACCGUACAUACACAGGUACCAGUAUUUACUUAUGUAUCUUUAUUUCUGUCCCUUGUGACGGUGCACAGUGGAUGUAAAUGCUGUGAGAAAAGCUGAGGAUGUGAAUAACAACCUGAAGAUAAAACCAAUUUGAGCUUUGACAAAAAUGAUGAAGAUUUUUGAUUAGAUCUAGUUCACCUAUCUUCUCAAAAAUAAAGCAAUCUUUGGCUUGUUCACAGCCAGGAAAUCCUCAGAUUGGGCAGGUGGGGUGGAGAAGAUGGAGAGGUAGACCUGAAGUCAUGACUUACAGAGGGGGGGAAAACUAUUGGCUGACGAGUGCAAACGCGCUACAAGAUGCAAAAACAGUUCCAUUAGGAGAAACACUGCAGCUUCAGAUAAAUGACAAACGUGUCAAAAUCCAUUCAAAUUUAGAAACAAAUGUACCAACUUGACAACACAUACCAAGUAUUUAAGAAAACAUUCACCGUGUUUGCCAUAAUAUCAGAAGGAAUCAUGCGAUCGAAUUGUUAAAAUAAGACGAUAAAGCUUACUGUACAUUUUAGGAAACGUUCCAACAACAGACAGUACAGAAGCGCACGGUCCCGGUGUGCAUCCCUUUUUAUGGCGCAUUCACACUGCAGCGCGGAGCUCGCUUUAAGCGAGCCGGGCCUAAUAAGGCCUAACCAAACCGAGCGAGGCCUGCAGUGUAAAUGCGCCAUUAGUGUACUCUGAUUACGUUGUGUUUUGAGCUUCUUGCAGCGUUAUUUAUUUGCAGCGCUUUGCUAAUGCAGCGCUUUCAGUAAACGCUGCCCUUGUUUCGGCAAGUUGGUGAAUGUUUUUUUUUAUGCACAUGUGUUGUCAGGUCAUUCUUUAUCUGCAUGGGUUUUUGCACAUUUGUGUUAUUUGAUUUAUUUAUGAAACUGCGGAGCGUUUCCCUUAAUGAAAAUGUGUUGGGCCACUGGAGCGGGUUUUCACCUGUCGGCCACCGUAACACUGGGCUUAUAAACGCCAAUCAAUCACAUAAAUCCUUAUGAAUGAAGAUCAACUAGGCAUCUAUUAAAUAUCCAGUAUUCAUUUAAAUGUGAAUUCCCCAGUUAGGUAUCAUCAAUAGUUAAUGACUGUAGAUGUGUAAUUACAAUUGCCCAAAACUAUUUAACACCAACAGCAGGAAACUUCCCAAAUGGGCUUGCUUCUGAUUGGCUGGCAUCCCAAAAAGUAAAAAAAUAAGCUAAUUGUAAGCAAUACAGAGUAUGGGAUGUUUAAUAUGUGACUUGUUGGCUGCAGUUCGAGAUCAGAAUAAUAUAUUUUAAAUUAAAAAAAAAAAGUAAAAGAAUCAUCUUCUUACCUCAACCCUUCCUGACUGAUGUCACACGGCCCAGUCUUUGAGUUGGGUCUAUAAAGGACCCCUUAUCACAAUGUUACAAGAAAUGUGUGUGUGAGUGUGAAAGAUAACCUGUGUACUGUGUAUACUACCCACAUGCUCCCAGUUUAGGGUGUUAUUUUGGUACUCCGUCAUUCAUUAUCUCAGAUGAUGAUGGUUCCCCCUUCCUUCUUUGUUAGGUAAUUUUAUUUUUGAAAAGUAGGUACACUUGUUUUACAUUUUCCUUGCCACUAUUAUAGAUUAAAUUGCCUUUUUUAUAUUGUAUGUUCAUGUCAUAUUAAUUAUGCCCUUUUUUUAUUUGUUACAAUUGGUUUACAGAGACGGUAUUGUUAAAUACGAUGUUUUUUUUGUCAUUGUGUACAGAAAUUAAGCUGAUCUGUGUCAUCUUUUCCUUGGAAAAGGAAUGUGAUGGUAGACUUUUAUUUGAGUGUGAAAUGUAAUGAAUUGUAGGAGCAAGUCAAACCCAUACACAUGUGCUCUUCUGUGAGGUAAAGAAUGCUUUUAUUUUUUACAUAUCAUCUGUCUUGUUAACUUUAUCUGCUCUGAGCUUUAGUAGCAGAUGUGUUGAUGGACACAUUGGUGUUAGUCUUAAAUUCACCACUCUUUAAGCUGCAGAAUGGUACAAGUGGUAAAAGAUGAUUAUUUUAAACAUUGUAAAAUACAAUAAAAUCGAAAUUUCCUCCUGA